AACACAGCACAAACUCCAGACUUGACCUCCUGCACUAUUUGCCCUGUGGUUAUGUAUAUUUUCUCUGAAACCAAACAAGAAAAUUAGAACAUCCCAUUAACAGAUUCUUCUAGCUUGCUUGAUUGGUCUUUCAGACACCUUUUCUUUCUCUAGUGUUGAUACGAGAAAAUUUUUGAAGACCUGUGUAAAAUCAAUCGACUUGUCUACUGUGCAAGAUGAACCCUCUAAGUCAGGGGACUAGCUCUUCUCCGGUGGAUCCUCCUAUGAAACGCAAACGUGGCCGUCCACGCAAGGAUGAGAGUGCUGUGCUAGGCGAGAAAACACCAGUAAUGCCUGAAUCUGACAAUACGAAGAAAAACAAACAGACUGUAGCACCAACUGAUGCUGCUGGUGGUAACAUGGUGGGUCGGGUGAUUACUGGUGUUAUUGAUGGUUCAUUUGACGCUGGAUACCUUGUUAAAGUUAAGGUAGAAGACUCUGACAUUCCUCUGAGGGGUCUUGUAUUUCAACCUGGCCGAUUCACUCCCAUCACUGCUGAAAAUGAUGUGGCUCCACAAGCAAAAAUGUACAGAAGAGCAGAUAUUCCCAUCCCAGUUUUUCAUCCUCCAACUCAGUUGCCUAGUUUUGUUACUUCACCAAAGCACAGUGAUAAGCAACUGGUUGAGCUAAAAAAGCUCGCACUGACUGUUCAGGACAAAGGGCUCCAAUCUGGGUUUCAACCAACUGCUCCAAUUGCAAAGGAGAGCCUAUCUGUUUCUCAGAUGCUGCCUCGGACUGAAUACUUGCAGGGUAGCACAGGACCUUUGUUUGGAGGAAACAUCAUGCCGCCUCAAGUUUUGGGUUCAGGACAUGAGAAUCAAUUUGUCUCUGUUACGGCAGAGAUGGAGCACAAUAAGAUUGCCGAACAGCAUGAUUUGCUGCAGGAAUUCGAAGCCUCACUAAGAAAAGGACCUAAUUUAAAUGUAACGGCUAAUGAACAAUUAAAAUCGGUGUCUCUACCUUCACCCCCUGCUGAUAUUUUGCCAGUGAGUGAAACUCGAAAGCAGCCUUCUGGUGAUGACCUUAAGCUGAGUCAACCGGUCCAUGAUGGAGUGAAAGGCCCCUGUUCUUUAAUGGAAAAACAGGCUUCUCCAAAAAAUGCUGGUCCUUCAGAGCCUGCUAUGAAGAUUAUCAGUGGAGAUGAUACAUCCCAUCUUAUUCGUAGUCCUAUUCUUAUAGUUCAUGCUGCUAAUACUACUGAGGCAAACUCACUAUCCUCACCAAUUGCAAGCUUUCCAUCACUGCUGUUCGGGAGAGAAGCUAUUCCCCCAUCACAGAAGCUUGCAGCUGAAGGAUUCUCUCUUCAGAGAGUCAUUGAACCCCAGUCAGAUGUUCCUUCUGGUGCUACAAAUAUUAUGAAGGCAGGGGUAGACAUUUCUGCAGCGACCAGCCUACCUGCAGCUCUAUUUGGGAGAGAAGCUAUACUACCAGAAUCCAAGGCUGCUGCUGACGAACCUGUUCUUCCUAGGAUGACUGAACCCCAGCUCUGCAAUUCUCCUGAUGUUACUAAUAAUGUGGACAGUAAUAUCAAGGAUGUCAUCCCACCUGCCGAAUCUUAGAUUUAUCUGGUGGUAUCAAAACAACUCAGUGGUGUAGGGCAUUUUCUUAUGAAACUAUAGGGCAUAGGCAGGAUAAAGCUGUGAUAGAUGCAACACAUGAUGUCAAUGGUCGAGGAAUAAAUAGGCACAGUCAAUAAUGCUCGACAUUGCCAUCGUUUAGAGUCCCAAGUAGAUCCUUAAAUACCAGUUCAUAGGUCGGGCAUGUAUUUUCACUUCUAAAUGGUUUACCUUUUGAUUUGGGAUCUCAUUUUAUAUUUGUAGUAGAAAUGGAUGCAGACUUUGGUAAUAA